AAGGAGAAAGAGGGAAGAAAUGGGGGUGAAGAAUUUGUGGGAUAUUCUUCAACCUUGCGACAAGUCUCUGCCUCUCCACCGUCUCCAAAACAAGAGGGUGGGCAACUCGUCAUAGAUCUCUCUCGUUGGAUUGUUCAACUUCAAAAUGUUAAAAAUUCGCUCUGCGCCGUCAAGGACAAACUCUAUCUCAAGGGUCUCUUCCGGUUACCCCACGUCAAGGCCCUCAUCGCCUUGAAUUGCAGCCUUAUUUUUGUUACAGGGAGCAAUGGAUAUCUACAGAGAGAGAAUCAGUUUUGGCAACUCAAUGAGGCAUAAACAAGGCCCAAGUGCCACGCAGCAGAUUCUGAUGUAAUACAUAGAGUUGUUGUGCAACAUCCAUUUCAGCAACUGGAACUUCAACACAUGUGCAAAACUUAUGGGGUGGCCUCCUGAGAAAACAGGUUCCUUGCUUCCUUAGGUAUGUACAUGGGAUUACAUGCAUGAACAUACAACAUUUGUUAUAAAUUCAUGCUUCCAUGCAGUUGCAAGUUAUUGAGUGGGCCCUAUGAGCUCAUUAAGUAUCUGGGAUCAGAUGAAUACAUCCUUCCUACGAUUGCCAAAAGGAAUUUGUGACAAUAUGCUUCAUCUGGACUAGGUGUUAAACUUUCACUCAAUGAGGAACUCAUCUGAGUCAUCUCUAUAUUUAAUUUAUUCUUCAUCUUCUAUAAUUAUUUUUGACUUACCAUUGCUGGACUUUGCUGCUUUUAAAUGAGAACCUUGAUGGUCACUCGCGUAAGGUAAAUGACAAAGUUAACUGUUAUUCCAUCUGCAAUGAAGCUUCUCCAUUAUGCUGUUGGUGUGGAUUUUCAAAUCUGACCAUCGCAAUCGGUAUUUGACAUUUUGACUAGGAAAACUUUAUACAUUGCAGAUACCAGUUAAGCACAGAAAAGUUUAAGGAAAAGAAUGUUUCAAGGUGUCAUGGGAAGAGGUAGAUGGACUUAAAAACCUCUGUAGUUCCAGCAGAUCUUGUAGAGACGUAUGCUGCAUCAUUAAAUUUGAUUAGGCUUCUUAUAUUUUAACAAAAAGUAUUUAUCUCUGGAGUUGAUAUUUUGUGAUGAUGCACUUGAGCUAUACACAUCCAGAAAACCACUAAAAAUUAAGGGUUUACUAGCUAUCUCUCCAUCUUUAUCUGAACUAGUUAGCAGCAUUUUCCUAUGAUUAAUUUAGCAGCUCAAUUUCUAUACCAUAGAUAUAAUUUGUAUUAUUUCAUUCCUGUUUAUCCAUAGUG